UCCGGGCCUGCGCCCGCGGAAGCCGGAAGCGGUGGCUGUGGCGGCGCCGGCGUGGGGCGCAGGAGCGGAACGCCGCGACCUGGGGCUCCUGAACCCAGUGAUGGAGCCCGUCCCUACGGUGGCGCCGCGGAGGUCGUCGUUGCUGCGGUGGCUGCCGUUAGUGCCGCUGCUGUGGGCGAGGCUGGCCCUGGGCGCGCUCCCCUUCGCCGGCAGCCCGCACGGGGUCUUUGCGGACCUCUGGUCGGAGCCGCGGUUGCUGGAGGUGGAGGACCUGACCCUGUCCCUGAUGCGGGGUGGCGCUCUGGGGCCGCUGUCGCUGCCUCCGGACCUGCCGGAUCUGGAUCCCGAAUGCCGGGAGAUGCUGCUGGACUUCGCCAACAGCAGCGCAGAGCUGACCGGGUGUCUGGUGCGCAGCGCUCGGCCCGUGCGCCUUUGUCAGACCUGCUACCCGCUCUUCCAACUGGUCGCCGGCAAGAUGAACAACAUCAGCCGCGCCGUGGGGAAUACUUCAGAAAGUCAGAGCUGUGCCAGAAGUCUCUUGAUGGCAGAUAGAAUGCAGAUAGUUGUCGUUCUCUCUGAGUUUUUUAAUACCACAUGGCAGGAGGCAAACUGUGCAAAUUGUUUAACAAACAACAGUGAAGAAUUGUCAAACACUACAGUAUCUUUCCUCAACCUGUUUAAUCAAACCUUGACCUGCUUUGAGAGUAACCUUCAGGGGAGCACACACAGUCUUCUACCACCAAAAAACUACUCAGAGGUGUGCAAAAGCUGCCGUGAAAAAUACAAAAAUCUAAGUAGUCUGUACAGUGAAAUGCAGAAAAUGAAUGAACUUGAGAAUAAGGCUGAGCCAGGAACGCAUUUGUGCAUCGACGUGGAAGAUGCGAUGAACAUUACUCGGAAACUUUGGAGUCGAACUUUCAACUGCUCGGUCCCGUGCAGCGACACCGUGCCUGUGAUCGCGGUCUCUGUGUUCAUCCUCUUCCUCCCCGUCGUCUUCUACCUUAGUAGCUUUCUUCACUCAGAGCAAAAGAAACGCAAGCUCAUUCUACCCAAACGUCUGAAGUCUAGUACCAGUUUUGCACACAUUCAAGAAAAUUCAAACUGAAACCUAUAAAGUGGAGAUUCGACCUGUCACGUGGACAGAGGUGGAAGACAGCGUGGUGAGAGACAAGAGAAACCGACCCGACAAGUCAAGUGAUUGAGAAAUGCAAGGAAUUGGAUUUAUUCUUCGAUAAGAAUUUUCAACUUUUCUUUUUCUUUUCACCCCUUUUUAAAGGAAUAUCCGAUUCCUUAAAAAACAUAGUUGUCUAUUUUAAAGUGUAUUUGUUACAAUAACAAAAAAUAUAAGAAAAACCUUUAUUUUGUAGACAUACCAUCACUACUUGAGACUUCUUUUAUCUCCUUAUUAGCAUAAGUACCUCAAGUAGAAAAGUUUUUGAAGACUAACAUUUAAAAAUUAAUGUUAUAAGGGCCGGGGGAUGUAGCUCAGUGGCACAGCGGUGGCCUGGCAAGUACAAGGUCCUGAGUUGCAUUCCUAGUACCAAAAAAAAAAAAAAGACAUAUGAAAUCACUAACUGAGCCAGGGAGAUGGCUCAGCGGUACAGAACCUGCCUGGUAAGCUCAAGGUCCUGAGUUUGAUUCCCAGUACAAAAAAAAUUAAUGUCAUAGCAAAGUCUUUGAAAAAGAAAUACACUUGCUAAAAGGUAGCAGAUCCAAAAAUUAAUUUGAAUCAUUCCUCGUUGCAGUAUUACUGUUAUGGAUAUAUUUAAUAUGUCAUUUAUACAAUAAUAUAUCACUCAGUGUCUUGUUUCCUUAAUGUUUUUGAAAUCACUAAUUGUAAGCACCCUUCACAAUUUUUAGGAGUGGUAAGCCACAUUACAUUUAUCUUUGUAAAAAGAUUUAUGGUAACUGGUUUCUUACUUGAUUUUGUAAAUAGUGUUUUACAUCUUAUUUUUGCCUUUAUUUCAUAAGCAAUUUGAACUCACUGGACUGCUUUGUUAUAUUAGGGGCAAGAUGGAUUCUUUUUCUACCAGGGAUUUACAUUGUGAAUUACAUUAAGUUAUUUGGCAAUUUAUAAUUUAUUAUUACUUUAAAUCAAAUGUAAUAUUAUCAAACUGUAUUUAAAUUAUGGGUUUUUUUAAUGAGCAAUUACUCUUGGCAUACAUGGAGACUUUUGGAGAAGGGAGAAAAGAGGAAUGAGUAAGUUCAAGGGUCAGAAAAUAGAGCCGUGAGGGGCUGCUCAGUAGCGGACCGUGGAAUGGUUCACGUCGGAGCUGGGAGUCAGGCGGUGAUCCGCACACGCAGGGGUAGGUAAGGGUGAUGCUCAGUUCUUCUCAGUCCCACACAUGAGAUGAAGUCCAUGUGGCUGAAAUGAAGUCACAUCUUCACUGUCAGAAAACAAGUUCUAUUUUAGAAUACGUGUUUCAGCCUUUAAAACAAUGCUUUGUUUCAGAAUUGUUCACAAUUUUAUUUCUCAGGGUUUUAGAGUAUUUCAUUUACUUCUUUUUGAUUUCUUGGCAGAAAUAGGCUUUGUUUUAAAUGUUGAGAAUAUGAUGGCUCCUUUGUAUAGUUUGGUUAAAUAGUAAGAGAAUUUGAAUCUUUUCAUAGACUAUAAAAUGUUAGAGAAACUAGAGAAUGCUUUUGGUUUUGUUUUAUGUUUACUGUGUAUGCAGAGUGAAAGAGAAGGCCCACCCUUCAGUAUGUGACAUUUCUAAAACUGUUACAGUUUCUCUGAUCUGCUGGGAUCCAUUUAAAAUGUGCUGCGGUUCUGCUGCCGCUGUUCCUGCUGCUCGUGCUAACUGCUGUCUUGAUUUGACGCAUGUGGCUGAGGGUCAUUGAAAGCAAUCUUCAUUAAUGCAGAUAAAACCAGUUUACACAUGAAAAGUUAGAAAAAUGACGUGUUUUCAGUCUCAAAGUAGUGACUUGAGCACCUUUGAAUAUUAUGUUUGUAAAAACCGUUGCUUUUGAAUAUAAAACUAAUAAGCACUUUAAAAAGGAAGAGACAGUCUUUACAAUUUUUCUGGUGAGGUCAUUGCUUUUUAGAGGUUGCAUAAGCAGUAAUAGAAUUCAAAAAUAAGUAUUAAGUGCUGUACUAAAUUUCAUAAGUAUUUCAUUUUGUAGUCAUAGCAAAAGUUAUUUGCAUAGUUCUAAAUUCUGAGACAGAUCGUGCCUGUGUUGCACAAGAAUAUCUCCAAAUUUUUGAAACUUUAAAAGAAUUUAAGGAAAUUAGAAUGAUGUAUAAUUUUUAAAUACUUUUUGAAAACUUCAGAUGUAUCAUCACACCUCAGUUUUUCAAGUAUUGAGUUUAAAUGUUCAUCUUUUAAGAUUUUAUUCAAAUAAAAUGUACUUUUGGAUUAUUUCUCUUGUGUUGUUCAAGAAAUAAAAAUUACAUCAGCUAUGUUAAGUGUAACUCUAAAUCAGUGAAUAACACUGGAGUUUAGUUGGUAAAUGUUACUUACUUCUGUGGGACCAGUACUUUGCGAUGCUUUAUGGAUGAACUGACUGUACUUAUUACUGUAAAAUAUUCCUUAUAAAAUGAAAUGUUUUCUGGCAAGGA